ACCGCCUAGACACGGUGGAGGACCAGCACAUUAGCCGGAACAUUAACAUACGAGGUAUCCCAGAGACUGUGUCACAAGAUGACAUCCCACACUUUGUUGGGAGACUCUUCGCCACCUUACAUACACCACAGCAACCGACGGCAGCCGCGAUAGAAGCGGUCUACGAAUUCCAAGAGCAACCAAAGCCCCAGCGGGCACCUCGAGAGAUGUAG